GAGGUGACGUGUCGAAGUGGCCUCAGCAUUAGGACCUUUGGUUGUAACUUCAGUUCCAAAGUUUAACUAGUCUUCGACCAAUCAAAUCAUAUCUCCUCACAUCAUAUCAGCUGCUCACAGUUGGAUGAAAAGAGGAAUGAAUACAAGAGCCGUGUAGACGUUUCUGUUGUGGUUUUAAGACAUAUAUAUAUAUAUAUAUUUACUGCACAGCGUGUAACAGCGUUGGGUAAAGUCUCGAUUGCAGCGCAGUGACACUUGAACAGCUUGUGGAACUCGACGUACAGUCUUUAUUUACAUUUGCAUUUGCAGUGGAAAUGUGGCCGAGGUUUCUGGCAGCUUUGCGCGCAACUGGUGUCCUCUCUAAACCUCCACGACUUCUGCACAAGACGCCUUGUUUAUCAGUUCAGCCCAGUUGUUCUAUUCAUGUAGACACUCCUCCCAGUGUUCCGACUCUCACCACCAGCUAUGCCCACGGUGUCAGCUCGUAUUCCUUACAGUCUCUCACUGUGGGCCGGUGCCUGCAGAUCAGAGCGGAAAGCACCCCUGAUCGUGAAGCUGUUGUCUUCCUGCAGGAUGGCAUCAGGAAAACAUUUUCUGAGUUCCAGACCGAUGUGGAUCAGGCAGCUGCAGGUCUGAUGGCUCUGGGUCUGAAGAAGGGAGAUCGAUUAGGCAUGUGGGGACCCAACACCUAUGAAUGGAUUCUGAUGCAAUUUGCCACAGCAAAGGCUGGCAUCAUCUUGGUAUCUGUGAAUCCAGCUUAUCAGUUGCAGGAGUUGGAAUAUGCACUAAACAAGGUUCAGUGCCAAGCAAUUGUGUGUCCAACUAAAUUUAAGACCCAGAAGUACUACGACAUGUUGAGGCAGCUCUGCCCUGACUUAGAUACUGCUUCCCCGGGGUGCAUCAAGAGUUCCAGAUUGCCAGAUUUAAGUACUGUAAUUGUAACUGACAGUAAGCAGCCUGGUGCUUUCCAGUGGAAGGAUCUGAUGCAGGCAGCGAGCAGCCAGCACUACCAGGAGCUGGAGGAUUUGCAGAAGAAACUUAAUUUUGAUGACCCUAUUAACAUCCAGUUUACAUCGGGAACCACUGGGAGUCCCAAAGGAGCUACACUGACGCACCACAAUAUUGUCAACAAUGCAUAUUUUAUUGGUUUGCGUGUAGGAUAUGACUGGAGGCGGACGAUUAAAGUGUGUUUGCCAGUGCCACUGUACCACUGUUUUGGCUCCGUAGGUGGGGGGAUAGUGAUGGCAGUACAUGGUGUCACACUGGUCUUUCCCUCCACUGGGUAUGAUGGACGUGCCAACCUGGCAGCUAUGCAGAAUGAGAAAUGCACAUUUGUCUAUGGCACCCCUACAAUGUACAUAGACAUGAUGGGACAGCCUGACCUGGCCAAGUUUGACCUGUCAUCUGUUGAAGGAGGCAUUGUAGCUGGCUCUCCCUGUCCUCCUGAGGUUUUAAAGAAAGUAGUCAAAGUCAUGGGCAUUAAGGAAAUGACGAUUGGAUAUGGUACCACCGAGAACAGUCCGGUGACCUUCUGUGGCUUCCCAGUUGACAACAUGGAUAGAAAGACAGAAAGUGUUGGAUGUAUUGGCAACCACCUUGAGGCAAAAGUGGUUGAUCCUACAACAGGACACAUUGUUCCUCUUGGAACUCCAGGAGAGCUCAUGAUCAGAGGUUACUGCGUCAUGCUGGAAUAUUGGCAAGAUGAAGUGAAAACCAAAGAGUGCAUUACUAAGGACCGCUGGUACAAAACCGGUGAUAUUGCCAGUUUGGACAAGUUUGGCUACUGCAAGAUAGAAGGACGGAUCAAAGACAUGAUAAUCCGUGGAGGCGAAAAUAUCUAUCCUGCUGAAAUCGAGCAGUUCCUGCACACACACCCUAAAGUCAAGGAAGCACAGGUGAUCGGGGUGAAAGAUGAGAGGAUGGGUGAAGAGGUUUGUGCUUGCAUCAGACUGAAGGAUGGUCAGGAGUGUACUCCAGAGGAGAUAAGGGCGUUCUGCAAAGGCCAGAUUGCCCAUUUCAAGAUUCCCCGCCAUGUCGUUUUUGUUCAGGGCUAUCCUCUUACUGUCUCAGGGAAGAUCCAGAAGAACAAACUGCGGGAGCAGACAGAGAGACAGCUGGGACUGUGAAGUCGGAGACGUGUGGUAUUUUUAAACAAAUGAAAAGCUAACGUACCUCUAGCAACGUAACCGUUCAUAACCUUUAUUUUUUAACAGAAUUGUAUUAACACUUUAUAUUUGUUACACUGUUAAACAUAUUAAAGGCACAUUAAGGUAUUACA